CAGGUCCUGGUAGGAGAGAGCCGUGGCGGCCCCACCUCCGAGUAACGGUAGAUCCAGUGCGAUGGAGUCGCCAGUCACAGGCUCCGGUGCUGGUGAGACUGCGCGGGCCGCCUGCGGGGGUCUGAGGACUGGCAGCGCCGCCGGGGGGCCCGCAGUCUCGGCCCCUCUGGGAGCAGCCCGGUGGAGGAUCCUGCGGCAGGUUCUGAAGCAAAAACACAUGGAUAAUUGUCUGCGACAUGUAUCUGUAAGAAGAUUUGAAUCAUUUAAUCUGUUUUCAGUAACAGAAGCCCAAAAAAGGAAAACUGAAGAGGAGGUUGGUGAAUGGGUCCAAUAUACAAGUGUCUUCUACCCUGAAUACAGUAUUUCCUUAAGGUAA